GCACCAAUAUGACUGUGGAAUUGGAAGAACCUCCUCUUGAAUCUAAUGCCCAGGUGGCCAAGGAUCUUUUUGCCGGGACUAUUGGUGGUAUUGCACAGGUAUUGGUGGGACAGCCGUUUGACACAGUGAAAGUUAGAUUACAGUCCGCUGCUGAAGGAACCUACUCAGGAGCAGGAGAUGUCAUGAAACAGUUGGUGAGAAACGAAGGGUUGAGAGGGUUCUACAAGGGAACAUUGACGCCUUUAGUAGGGGUUGGGGCUUGUGUUUCGGUACAGUUUUCUGUAAAUGAGUUCAUGAAAAGACACUAUGAUGGGAAAUUAAAUGGUGGUCAACUAAGCUUGUUACAGUUCUUCAACUGUGGCGCGGUUGCUGGGUUUGCUAACGGAUUCUUGGGAGCUCCAAUUGAACACAUUCGUAUACGGUUGCAAAUACAAUCUGGUCUGGUGAAGCAAUUUAAUGGCCCAAUUGACUGCUUUUCUAAAAUCUACAAACAAAACGGAUUAUAUCUGGGAAUUUUCAAAGGAUUGACUCCAACACUUGUCAGAGAAUCAAUUGGGUUGGGUAUCUACUUUGCAACUUAUGAGGCUUUGAUCGCUAGAGAAACUGGCAACAAAAAGAUUGCAAGAGCCGAUAUUCCUGGAUGGAAAUUGUGCUUAUUUGGUGGAUUAUCUGGUUAUACUCUUUGGAUCGGUAUUUAUCCUGUUGAUGUGGUCAAGUCCAAAUUGCAAACAGACUCUUUGACCAAACCUUCUUAUAAGGGUUCCAUGAGUGUGAUCAAAGACGUUUGGGCCAAGAAUGGUAUCAAAGGGUUCUAUAGAGGAUUUAUUCCAACCAUCUUGAGAGCUGCUCCAGCAAAUGGAGCUACCUUUGCCAUGUUUGAGUUGACCAUGAGACUCAUCAACUGAGUUCCUUAUUUAAUCUUAUAGACUGUUGUUGUAUUUUAUUAUUUAUAUUCCUACAAAGAAAAAUAUGGCAUUAGAAUCGUUAUUCGUUAUUCGUUAUAUAAAGGUUCAUUCAAUUUUGCGGUUCAAAUCCAUCAUCUGGUUUGAACUUGGGAUGUGUUCAAUUCCAGCAUAGUCUUCGGUAUAAUCUUCAGGUCUGAUCACUUUGAUAAACUCCAUGAAGUCCAUCAUAUAUUCACCAUUCAACUCAUACUGGUCACCCCCUUCGAGCUCUCCGUGCUCAAACUUCGUAUCUAUGCUACCGACAGCAGUAUCAUGAUCGAAUCCGUUAUUUGUUGGUGAUAAUGAAGCUUGCACGUUCAAGUGAGUAUUUGAAAGUUUUUGUUCUCUCAUUCUCUUGUUGAAAGUCUUGUCUAUUCUCAAAUGGAAGCCAGGAAUCCAAUCUAUCAAGUAAAGAAAUAAGAGCGACAUCACAAACACAUAUGUAGCUGUCACCACGCAUCCUAAUAUUUGGUAGCAAAUCUGGAUGAAGUUUCCUUCGACCCAUCCUCCUUUUGAUCCGUACGAAGAUUCUCCAAAAAUCCCAGUAAGCAAAGAACCCACUAUCCCUGUGAUGCCAUGAAUGGCAAAGAUAUCAAAAGCGUCAUCGAUAUGAAAGAAAAAUUUCAAUCUGGUUGCCAAAUUACUCGAUAUUCCACCAAUCACUCCAAAAACAAUUGCUUUCCAGAACCCUGUAGGAGAUGAAACGUAUCCACCGGCAGGGGUUAUCACCACCAAGCCUGCCAUUAAACCUGAAGAAAAUGAGAUGAUUGAAAUUUUCCUCUCUGACUUAUUAUGGCCAUUACCAUCUAAAGGAGUAGACAGGUAGUAGAAGUCGAUGAUCAUCCAUACUACACUACUGACGGAUGCUGCCAACAACGAAUUGACCAUAAUAUAGAUCGAGAAUGUGGAAAACUUAUAGUCACACCCAGCAAUAAAUCCACACCAUCCGAAUGCAAUGAAAAAGGUUCCUAGCAAAAUAAACCCGUUAUUAGAGCUUCGAUAAUUAUAGAGCAACUUUGAAUUUCUAGGGCCUAAGAGAUAACUGUAGGCC